AUUAAAAAAAAAAGUGUAAGAAAUCCUUGUCCAUUUUGUUACACUUUCAGCUUCAUUACAGAAUCAACAUUAUGUCGAAUCCUGACAACUUUCCGGAGGCUCAUGUACAAUACAUAAGUGCAAGUGGCAGCAACAGUACCCUAAAUAAUAGUGCAAGCUCACCGCAGCAAAGUUCUCUUAAUGACCAUGAACAAGAGGCAUUCAGCCAAAAUUAUGAAGAAAUGGAGGAUCUCAAUGAGGAGAUUGAAGAGGAGGAGGACCUAGAUGAACAGGAUUACUAUGACCCACAGGAUGACCUUGCGUAUUUUCAUGAUGAAAAGAUGCGUAUCGAGGAGUCAUGGCUCGAAUGGGAGCGUCAAGCCUCUGUCAAUAACCGACAGAGCAGUGGGUUCAUGAAUUCCUAUAUAUUUCAAAAGCCGGGUUCCCGAAAACGAAGAGAACGUCGACAGAAAGCUGCAAUGGUUCAAACAAACAAUGCCAGCAGCAGACCUGAUUCUACAUUUUCUGCAACUGGAUCAGGAUCAGGAUCAGGAGCUGAUGCAGCAAUAGAGAGAUUAAGAAGACCAGGCUCAUAUCGUCCUGCAUUAGCUUCGUCAAUCGUUCAUUCCUAUUCAAACUUGACAUGGGAGGCUAGACAGGCAGCUCGAGAAAAGCGACUGGCAGAAAAGGCGGCAGCAGCAAAUGGCUCAGGAGAAAACCUGAUCUGCACUCUACCAAUCGAAAUACUUAGUCAUGUUGUUUCGCAUUUGGAGCCAAGUGAUUUGCUCAAUGUAUCUUUAGUCUGUCGAUUGCUCUAUCAUGUUGUUAAUGCAGAUUCAUGCUGGAAAGCGGCAUUUAUGAAGUUCUUUGGCGCAUCCAUUCCAUUUAAGCGUCUAGACCCUAAGAGUUGGCGUGGAGAAUACAUCAAGCGCACAAGGCUCUUGAGACGGUGGGAGAAAGGACGCGGAGCAAAUAUUUGGAUUAAUCCAAAGAUCGGCCAAGUUUCUUCCCUAUGGUCCGAAGUCAACAGUCGUUCGAACACGGACUGGUUUCUUGCUGGCAGCGUAAAUGAAGGUGUUGUGGCUAGAUGCAGCCCUUCGUUGGGGAAGGUACAGAAGGAUGCCGUAUUUCGUAUGGCCCACCAUCUCCACGCCAUUGUCUCGGCCAUGACUAUGGAUCGUCAUCGAGUGCUAUGGGGACUCUCUACUGGACAGGUCUCUUUGACCACUUUAUCAUAUGCGGCAGCAGGGCAAACGUUUCAAACAUUCGCAGGCUUUCAUACAGGAAAAGUUAGCUGUACUAAACUGAUUCCCAACUCUUUUGGAUUUGUUCUUACUGGAGGAAUUGAUGGUAUUGUCAAGCUCUGGGAUGUAUCCAAAGCACGAUGUGUCCGAGAGUUUAGUACAGGAUUUAAUCUGGCAGAAAAUGAGAGGAAAACGAUUGAUCACAUUUGUUGUGAGCCAAGUUCACGUAUCAUUGCAGGAACAUCUGGAGGCGAAAUUUUCGUUUGGGAAGUUGACAUUCAUGCAAUUGUAACGCAAGUGUCCGCGUCCGCUUCAGGGGCUACUUCUCCAGCACAGUCUGCUACCUCAAAUACCGCCAACCAUAGUACGGUUACCACCAGUAAUCCAGUUAUAUCAGCUACGUUACCCAAGGUGAUAAAACUUCCAGAGCAAUUUAAAGGUGUGAGAUAUCUCGAGGUUGAUUUUGGGAUGAAUCAUGGAGGGUUGAUUUUAGCUCAAGCUAUGGACUCGAAGGUUAUGCACCUCUAUGACCUCGAAACACUCGCCCACUUGGCAAUAUUGAAAAGCCCGGCACACUUUACUGCCAUCAGUGCGAUCUACUGGGACAUUACAAAGGAAGAGAGGCCUAUGAUUACGUCUCUGGCUCGCAUACACGGACGGAAUGAAAUACCCAGCCUUUUGGUUUCUGGAGACCAAGCUGGCAAUAUUUGUUUAUGGUACUUGAGUGAUGUUUUGAAGCGCUGGAAAUUUCAUGAAAAGCGGCUGGAUCUCCACCUGAGUCAGGGGCAACAUGGACCAUUAACCUGGGAGCCAACCUGCGUGUUGAAAGGUCAUCAAUCAAAAGUGACCAGUCUUUUUGUAGACGGACUAGUUAUUGUCUCUGGAGGACUGGACGGGUGGGCAAAGGCAUGGAACCCCGUGAAUGGGCAAUUGAUCGCAGUCCUCAAUACCGGGUAUGUUGCUGGACAUGAUCCCAACGAUAUGGCAACCACUGGAGUCAAAUGUAUUGCUGUCAAUGGUCUUCAAUGUCGUGGAAUAAUGUCUGUUGGCCGCUUGAUCAAGAGCUGGGACUUUUCGCCAGAAGCAACCCAGAUCAAAGUAUCUAAUCUCAUGGAUAGACAAAUACCAGAAGAGCCUGGCAAAGAGGCCAAUUCACUACAGCGCAGGGCCUAAAAAUAAGAUUCAUAAUGAUAUCCGCCAUAGCCUCGAAGAAACAGUUUCGUUAAAGCGGCUAGAAGCUCAAGCUAAGGAACGUCGCGAGCAGCUUCAUAAGCGGUAUAACAAUUUGGAGGGGUUAAAUAUGGUCGAUAUGACAGACGAAGAAGUUGUCGAGUAUGUGAUGUUGCUCUCCAAGGAUGAGGACGAUCAGGAAGCUGCCCAGUUAGCGUUUGAGAUGCAGCAGAUACAAGAGAUAGAGAGGCAGCUUGAGCAAGAGAAUCAAGCCCAAAUGGGCUUGGCUAAGGGCGGUGAGGGUUCGUCAUCAUCGACUUUUUCUUCAGACAAUGCAUGGGCGCCAGAUG